CCAAAACCCACCUUUGUCCUUCUAAUCCACCAAUUCUACUUUUUGUUUGGUUGUAUUUUGAUGAGCUAUCAUUUCAUUUCUUGCUAGCUUUCUUUGAGUAGGUAGAUUCAUUUUUGAGAUAGACAAACACAAUUAGAGAAUAAAGAGUUAUUUUUGAAAAAACAUAUAGAGGUAGGAAGAGUGCUGAAAUGCAAAAGUUGUAUGAGGGUACUUUUGUUUCUUGUUGCCUCAUUUGGAAAAUUUCAUCGCAAAACCACCUCCACAAACAUCACAGAAUGUUUGAGAACAUCUAGCCAAUGAACGCGUUCAAGGGAUAGGUUGAGGUUGACUUCCGUUGCUGGGUCUUUCACAAAGAAACAUCGCACGGGGAUGCAAGGGCGUAUCUUGUUCAAGCAAGUAAAAUCAUUGAGAAGUAUCCUAGCAACCUCCAAAGUCGGUAAAAUGAGACUGAAUUAUCAAUCGAACAUCGCAGGCAUAGUGAAGAUUGUGUCCACCUUUGGCUUGAUAGCAGCACACCAAACCCACCUGAUGAAAACACCACUCUGGUUGUUGUUUGACGCAAUCCUCUAUAAUGAUCUGAACCAGCAGGAGUUCAGGAAGUGUGAUAGCUUGGUUUACAAAAUUGUCCAGACAUAUGAUGCGAAUGAUGAUGUAUUUCAUAUUAGAAAUAGGAUGCUGAAGCUGCGUGAUAGCGACAUUAGAUUAAUUUUUGGGCUGCAAUGUGGAGGGCAGCCUUUGGUGCUCUCAAACGGGCCCCGUCCACCUUCUGAUUUUAUCCAACGGAGGUGUACAAAUGUGACACGCAUUAGCUCGACUCUUGUCAGAACACUAUUUCUGGAAGUGGUCAUCGGUACUUAGGAGGAAGAUGUUGAAGAUGCAGCUAAGCUGUUAACAUUGUAUGUAUGUGUGAAAUUGUUUUUCUCAACAUUCGACGAAUUUGUGAGUUGGAAUUUCAUUCAAAUAAUAGACAAACUAGACACUAUGAAAUUAUACAAUUAGAGUUUCGCAAUACGAAACGUACUAAUGGGAUUAGUGAAGGAGUUUUGCCAGACCCCAAAAAAAGUGACUGGUUGUGUGGUCAUCCUUUUGUAUUGGUUAUGCGAACACACAAAUGUAUUAGAUGCGCAAAGUACCGGUGUGUUUCCAAGAUUUCUGAAAUGGAAUGUGAGCAGUCUCAUGGCAAAAAUGCGCACCGUUACACUGUCAGACGGUGAUAAAUUUGAGGUAAACAAGAUUGGUGUCAUGGAGUAACAGUUAGUAGAUGCUGUGAUUUUAUUUUUGGCAGCCUGUAUAGUGCUGGUGGUGAUGUGUUUUAUGUGGCAUUUGUUGAUGUCAGGUACGUUUGUUUGUGUGUCGUAUUUGUGCAAGUGCGUUCAGAUCAACUGCAAGUGUCAUUAUACGAGCGGGCACAACUACUUGGUGAUUACAAUGUAUUGGAUCCCGAGUUGGGCGAUGAUUUCGAGGAAGUUGUUGCAUGUGGUGUAGGAUGUGUGUGUGGUAAUGUGGACGCCAAAUCUGAUGGUAAUAAGAAAGGGUGUGAUGGGGGGCAUGUUGAUGACAAUGGGGAGGGACGUUUUGUUAACGACUCCAACGCAAGCGAUCAUGGAAAAAAUGGCUCAAGUGGUGUGGGAAAGGUGUCAGAUACGAAAGAUACACAGUGGACAGUUGAUAAUGGGCCCUGUGUACCCCCGAACAUUGAACAUGCAUACAAAAUAAUAACUGGACUGGAGGCCGAAAAUAGAAGCAAAGACUUUUUGAUUGCCAAGUUAGAGGACCAAAUUGGGAAUUUGACAAAAGCACUUGAGGUGCAAUUAUCGAACUUGUUUGUUAGAUUCAUUGGACGUUUGAAAGUGAAAGAAGAUGAGAUCGAAUGAUUGGGCAUCGUUAUUGGCAAAUUGAGAAGGACGAUAGCCGAGCUUGAGGAUCAACUUGUCACCCGACCUGGUCAAGCAACGACAAAUAUGCCCUGUGACUAUGAUGCCAAUGUUGGUUUGGAUUCAUUUGAGUUUGGCGAUGCGGCGAAUGUAGAGGAGAUUAUAAACAAUGUCAUGCAGCAUAUGAUGAGUCAUAUGGUCAGCGUGGAGUCGCCAACAAUUACUUGCAUCGGUCUGCAUGACCAGACUGUGCAUGGAGAGACAGGGGUUGACAUGAAUGUGCUCUAACCAAAAAUGCAAGUAACCAGUGAAAGGUGUUUGGCAGUCAACGAGGGGUUGGAUCUGCAAAUUCAUUUAUUAGAAAUAUUAAGCAGAAGGUUAGACUUGAGAGGAAGUUACCAAAGUAUGAGUACCCACUGGCCCAUGGACGUUUGAGGAAGGUCGGUACAAAAUUAAGGGGGGUUGUAGUAGAAGAUGGUGAGUUCAGUUUUGGGCUGAUUGACUGCGAUGAUAAUGUGGUCGUGGGUGAGGUUAGCGAAGUGGUCAAAUGUCGUAUGGGUUUUGGUUUGAACAACCAUCUGGCCGUGUGGAAAUUAAUACCAGAGGAAAUGAAACGCAAAUUGACUGCCACUUACGAGAACUAUGGUGACGGGGCAAUCAUAUGGGCGGGCACGAAAGAAGAUGUUUUUGUGCAUUUUUCCAACAUUCGAAAUUUGGUUUGCCUGGCUGGAGUUAAAGGAAAUGCAGGUUAUUGACGCUUAUACGGAGCUAUUAUUGAGCGAACAAGACGUGUUGGCAGCAGGGGUAGAAUUCCCAGAGAAGUCGUACUUCUUCACAAACAUAUGUUUGGACAUGGCUAAACACACAAGUGUAACGUCGAGGGAUAAGUAUAUUGAGAUACACAUGCGGGCUGCAGAUGACGUUAGGUGACCAGGCACGUGAUCAGGGCCAGAGUUGUUGGCCUAAAAUUCCGUUUUGACUGCCACCCUUUGCGCCUCCCGAGGAGGUUCCGAAUUGAGUCAGUCAAGCCAUGUGGCGAUGUCUUUUGAAAGCUCAAAACUUUGAUCUCUCUUGUUUUGUGAACAAUUUGUUUUUUUUAAUUAUCUAUAUAUGGGGUGACGUAUAAUUGCUGUAUCUAUGUGACGUCAUGUAUAUGCUUAUAAAGUUUAAAAUUGUUUUGUUCCAUGUAUGUCUACACAGCUCAA